AUGCCAAAGUCGUCGAAAGUCAGUCGUGAAGAUUUACAAAAUUUUGUUCAAAAAAUAAAAUACUUCAAUCUUGCAAUGAACUAUCAAGAUGAUACGGUGCAAUACGACAGUGAUGACGAUGACAACGCUGAAGAUCGUCGUAUUAAUCAGCGACUGGAUCCGUUGAAAUCUGAGUCGGAUCCGGUACAGGUCUUCUCGAUUUCGGCACAGUUUUCGCCGAUUCCAACAGGUUCCGACAGAUUCCUUGCCGCCGGAACCGACUGUGCCAUAAUAACCCAGAUCCGAUCGGAUCCAGCAUCGGAUUUGUUGACCUGGUCACGAUCGAUUAGCCCAUUUCAUCGAACUCAUCAAUCGACUGGCGAACAACUGCUCUCAUGA